CUGCGCUCCGGCUGCUCUGGUUUGGCGGAGAAGAUGGCGGCUCCGGGACCGGGGGAGUAUUUCAGCAUCGGGAGCCAUGUCGCCUGCCUCACCUGCCUGGGACAGCGCUUACAGGGAGAGGUCGUCGCUUUCGAUUACCAGACCAAGAUGCUGACUCUGAAAUGCCCCUCAUCUAGCGGGAAGUCCCACCUUAAUGACGUCAUCCUGGUUAAUUUAGCCUACGUGUCCAAAGUGGACACCCUCAAUGAGCGCAGCGGGACUCCACCCCCUUUACCAUCGCUCAAUUUUGGCAAGCUGGCCAGUAGAGCUCGGGCGGAAAAAGAAGACAAGCUGUCGCAGGCGUACGCGGUGAGCGCCGGAGUCCCGGUGGAGGGCCAGCAGCUGUUCCAGACCAUUCAUAAAACCAUUAAAGACUGCAGGUGGCAGGAGAAGAACAUCGUGGUGAUGGAUGAUGUCAUCAUCACGCCGCCGUACCGAGCGGACAACUGCCGGGGCAAAGAGGGUAGUGCAUUAGGGCACGUGCGCAAAAUAGUGGAGAAACACUUCCGAGACAUGGACCAGAAGUCAGUGCAGCGCUCACAAGCACAGCAAACACAGAAGGACUCAGUGUUAUCAGCGUGAUCGCCACCAAUGCUGAAUCUUUUUUUUUUUUUUUUUUUCUUCCAAAUUUGUUUUGUUUGUCUUUUUUUUUUUUUUUUUUGCGCGUACGUUAAUUUUCUCGCCUGCCUUGAAGGUCAAGGUAACCGCAUGCCUCGUCACCAGCGGCAGGAUCGUUCUGCACAACGAACAAAAAAACAACUAAACAGCCAAACCGUUUACAGGAUAGCAGAAUUAGUUUUAGAAAAUGUUUAAAUAAAAGAUGGAGCAUCCCUUUUUUUUUCCCUUUCCAGAUUUCAGUUAUUUGUCAAGAAGCAUGAACACCAGAUGACUCCUUUUUCUUUUUUUUUUUUUUUUAGUAUUCUAACAAAAUGUGACGGGUACUGGAGAAAAGAUGGAAGUGCAGCUGCAGGUGUUAUUAAAAGUAGACUGAAGUGACUCAAGUGAGAUUUCCAGUGUGUGCACACUGCAGCAACAUUUAGCUCCACCCCCCCAGAACAAUUCAUUAAAAAAAAAUUGUUUGUUCCUGCCAUCUAAGAGUAACCUAACCAACUGCAACAGGGUUUCGGUGACAUGGGAGUCUGAUAUCAAAAGAUUGUCCCACCCAUUAGGACUCUGCAUCAAGCGUUACAGGUGAAGGUUUAAAGAUGCACCUGAUGAAGGACUGGAUUUGCUUCUCUUUGGUGAAGUUUAAAUGUACAACCUGUGAAUGUAUUGUCUUAAAGGGAAUCCUCAGAUAUACUGAACAUGUUGCGAUGCAUCAAGUGAUCCCGGGGUCACUUUUUAGGAGAAAGGAAAAGAGAUAGCAGUCAAAUUUUACUGUUAGCUUUAAGAUGUUUGUUAGUGAGACCCAGAAUGCAAAAUUGCAUUAGAGCUAGACGGCUAUAGCUCUCGUCUCAUCAAGAGAUGACUCGAGUGAUAAAUCUCACUACACUGUCAUCGGCAGGUAACCACAGGCAUAGUGGUUAGUUCAGGAAAAAUGUUCAAUCCUCAAAUCCGUGUAAGAUGUUUAGUUAAAAAGUAACGGUCCGGAUCACGGGUUGGUUAUUAACUCGAGAGUCAGUCAUCAAUGUGCUGUAAGUUUUUUGGGAAAUGCUGCCCACGUUCUCAGAGAGCCGCUGUACUUCAUUCUGAUUACGCUAUUAAAUCUUUGUGGAUCAGAUUAGACACAAGACGUUUCCCAUACACACCUAGUGCAGGUGGAUUAGGAGUUUGUGUGUGUUCACAUUAUUUUUAUUAUUAUUUUAUUAUUAUUAUUUUUAUCAGGUUUAGGUCACGAGUCAUUACAUCAUCUCAAAUUUCUGAUAAAGGCUUGAAAGAUGUUUGGCUGUCCGUACGUCCACACUAGGGAGCGAAACUCUUCAAGUGUACAUUGUAUGUGAAAACAAUGUCAUAAUAAGCAGCGUUGAUGAGAAUUAAUUUUUAGCACUUCGUCAGGAAAAGAACGAUGCGUCUCUUUACUCCUACAAAGCAAAAAGUCUCAGCGAUUCGUGAAUUUUUUAUUAUUUUUUUCACAGCAGUUUUCAUGAAAAUCGGGUGCAUUUCACCUCUCUUUACAUGUUCAUACACGACAGGUGUGUCCCACCCCUCCACCCCCCGGAAUAAGGCUUUUACCUCUCGCAACUGUGAACUGGAAAUACUUCGAAACAUUUUUUUUCCAAAAAAAAAAAAGACAAAUGUGACAGCGAAUACCUCUUGCUUCAUAACAGGACCUCAUUUUUUUCUGCUCCCCCCCCCCACCCCCAAACAUUUCAUUCCGUGAAUGUUUUAACACAGCUGAAGUGAAAGCUGCGUUCCUUUUCACAGCGGUACCGAUCUCCUGUCUGAUCAAGAAAAACACAAAUAUAUACAGACUGAGAAGGAAGGCGUGAGAAAGCCGCAGCCUGAUGCGGAGGCACCAGCAGCGGCACCAGACUGCGACAGUCUUCAGUGUUCAAUCCUCACGAGGGCCAACGAACCUGCUGUCGCUUAGGACUUUUUCCUAGUAAUUCUUUUUGUUUGUUUUUUUAGUUUUUGUUUUUUUAACCUAAUAUGGAAAUAACAUUAAUAAAAAAAAAAAAAGUAAAACAGAAAA